GACAAGUGAACAGCUGUCAAACGAUACCCGGCCUGCAUUCGAAGAAUCGCAGCAGACUUUUUCUCGUGAUCUACUUGGUUGGUGGUGUAAAACAAGAAAAACAACCUCGAUUCCGAAAAAAUCCAGUUUUCCGUUCAAUCUUCGCACCAUCUGGAUAGUUUGAGUCAGAACAGACUAAAACAAUGAGAAAUAACGUGAGUGCAAGUCCUGUCGCUGCUCUACCUGCCGUCGGCGAGUCUCCGCGUUCUUCGGCUGCCGAUGCGAAAUCGGAAAAGCCAAAGUGCAAAGCCUGCUGUGCCUGUCCAGAGACCAAGCGGGCUCGCGAUUCCUGCAUAAUGGAGCGGGGCGAGGAGAACUGCGGGGAACUUAUUGAAAAACAUAAACAAUGCAUGCGAGACAUGGGAUUCAACAUCUAGAUUAUGCUGACGGUCCAGUAAUGGGCGUAGAUUUACGUGAACACUUAGGAAUGGGAAAUCCUUUUCUAAUUAGGAGCUGCAUUGUAAAUAUAGCAAUUAAAAGGUAAUUGCAUUAAUUUAUUUUUUACUGGUUAGUAAAACCAUCUGUUAAGUGGUUAGUACUUAAAAUUUGGUUGUAUAAAUAAACAAUUUGAGGACAUCAGAA